ACCAUCCUGAGGUCUCAGGCCAGGAUAAGGACCAAUUAUGGCCCAGCCGCAGCCUCAGGGCCUUUAGGUCCAUUGAGAUCCAUGCUGGCCUGAGAGUGAGGCUGGAGGGGGCCUGAUACCUGAGGACCCCCCUGAUGUGACCCCUCCCCACAGCCAGGUGUAGUCACUACCCAAGCCUCAGCAUCCUGUCAGGUUGGCUGAGGUGUGCUGAGGAUCUGGGGUUUUGGGAUGUGCUGAAAUGUCCUGGUGUGCGAGGUGGCCCUGGUCUGGGGGAGCUGCCCUGUUUCUCACACCCCACCCAGAGGCCUCUGCCCCUCCCACUGGGCAGGAGACAGCCAGAGCUCCAGCCUAAGGACAAGGGGACAGAGAACCUUUCUUGGGCUGAGGAGGGGGCUCAGCUUGGAGUUUAGGUGCUCACUCUGGCGUGCAUUCUGGGCGUGGAGCAGAGGCAGUAUGUGGUGUGCUUGGGUGGAGGACCUUGGCCAGACAAGUACCCCCUCUACUUUCUGUAAUUAGUCAUUCUUUGCAAGACAGGCCUUUAGGCCAGGGCCCCUCCCCCAGCCCUGACAAGCUGUUUCUAGAGGCGGGGGAGGUGCCUUCUCGGCAGGGGAUGCUUAGGCCUGACCCAACAGGGGCUGGGGGUCACACCCUUAAGUUGUUUCAACCAUCCCGCUGGCCCCCCAGUUCCAGUGACCUGAGGACCCCUGGUGCAGUUCUUACUAAAGCUGGGCAGGGCAGGAUGCUACUUCUAGCUGCUGCAUCUGUCCUGAGGCUCAGCUGCACAGGCAUUCUGAGCGGUGCUGUCAGGGGUUGCUAUGGUUAUACAUUACCACAGCCUGUCACCUUCCUUAUUGUAGGGGGUCUACCUGUUCUCCCUGGGAAGUAGGGCUCCUCUCCAUCCCAGCUGCGGUCCUGUCCACUGGGGGGCUCUCCCCACCCCCAUGUCCAUGGGUCAGUUUAGCACUGUGGCCACAGGAGUAGUCAGGAACCUUCAGCCCAAGUUGUGUUGGUCCCCACCCACUGAGCAAGGCCUGCUGCAGGGACCUCCCUCAACCCUGCUAGUUGCCCAGUUGGCUUCAGCGCUCGCCGCUGGGGCCGUGGAGCCGCUGUUGCCGGGAAGGGCAAGCAUGUCUGCCAGGGAGGGAGGUGCCUUCAGGGAGCCCGGUGGGGGGAGUCCCCAGCAAUGGGUUGUUCCCUGAAGCCUUCCCCGAGGAGGUGGCAUCGGCGCUGAGGCCCAGACCGGGGCAAAAGGGUGGGCGCAGAAGGGGCUUGCGUGCCGCGCGUGACUCAGUUUCCCGGCUGCUGCCCCGCGGGACGAACAGCUGCAGCCCGGGGCGGGGCGGGGGCGCCGGCACUUGAGCCAAGCGCCCCGCGCAGUUCUUGCCUGGCACGUCCGCGUGCGGGUCGCGCGCGUGUCCUGACCGCGAGUGGCUGGGCUGGCAGCGGCGGCGUGUGCGGCGGGGGCGGGCGGCUCCGUGACGCGGCGCCGAGCGGAGUGGGCGGAGCCGGAGGGCAGGGGCGGAGCGGAGUAGUCCGCAGAGAAGCCCCUCCCGGCCGCGGCCGCCGACCCCGGCCCCCGGCCCCCGGCCCCCGGCCCGGCCUGGCUCUAUGGACAGGAGCUCGCUGCUGCAGCUUAUCCAGGAGCAGCAGCUGGACCCUGAAAACACUGGCUUCAUCGGUGCGGACACCUUCGCUGGCCUGGUGCACCGCCAUGAGCUGCCCCUGGACCCGGCCAAACUGGACAUGCUGGUGGCCCUGGCCCAGAGCAACGAGCGGGGCCAGGUCUGCUACCAGGAGCUGGUGGACCUGAUCAGCAGCAAGCGCUCAAGCAGCUUCAAGCGGGCCAUCGCCAAUGGACAGCGGGCACUGCCCCAGGACGGGCUGCUGGACGAGCCAGGACUGGGUGUCUACAAGCGGUUCGUGCGCUACGUGGCCUACGAGAUCCUGCCCCGAGAGGUGGACCGCCACUGGUACUUCUACCGGCACCGCAGCUGCCCACCCCCUGUGUUUAUGGCUUCGGUCACCCUCGCCCAGAUCAUCGUGUUCCUGUGCUACGGGGCCCGUCUCAACAAGUGGGUGCUGCAGACCUACCACCCUGAGUACAUGAAAAGCCCCCUGGUAUACCACCCCGGCCACCGUGCUCGGGCCUGGCGCUUUCUCACCUACAUGUUCAUGCACGUUGGGCUGGAGCAGCUGGGGUUCAACGCACUCCUGCAGCUGAUGAUCGGGGUGCCCCUGGAGAUGGUGCAUGGCCUGCUCCGCAUCAGCCUGCUCUACCUGGCUGGUGUGCUGGCAGGCUCCCUGACCGUCUCCAUUACUGACAUGCGGGCCCCUGUGGUGGGGGGCUCCGGCGGGGUCUACGCCCUGUGCUCUGCACACCUGGCCAAUGUCGUCAUGAACUGGGCUGGGAUGAGAUGUCCCUACAAGCUGCUGAGGAUGGUGCUGGCCCUGGUGUGCAUGAGCUCCGAGGUGGGCCGGGCCGUGUGGCUGCGCUUCUCCCCGCCACUGCCUGCCUCGGGCCCACAGCCCAGCUUCAUGGCACACCUGGCGGGCGCGGUGGUGGGUGUCAGCAUGGGCCUGACCAUCCUGCGCAGCUAUGAGGAACGCCUGCGAGACCAGUGUGGCUGGUGGGUGGUGCUGCUUGCCUAUGGCACCUUCCUGCUCUUCGCCAUCUUCUGGAACAUCUUUGCCUACGACCUGCUGGGUGCCCACAUUCCCCCGCCACCCUGACAAGAGUUCCCAGGGCCACACCAGCCAGGGCGCAGCAUCCGUGGGCCAGCCACUAGGGAGGCCUGCAUGUUCGUCCUCUGUGAAUGUAUGUCUUGAGGCUGCUUCUUCCUGGUGGGUGCAGGUGGCCCCUGUGGCCCACUGACUGCAGGCCAAGCCUUACACCAGCCCUGGCCACCCCCUCCCAGGCC